UUUACCUGGCGGCGUAUACAAUACUGGUCGUGUAUCGUGUCAUCGGGAUAUUGGAAUUAAACAAUACAACCAAAUCAUGAAAUCAACUUAAUCCGACGCAAAUCAAGCUUAAAGAUCACCUUAUAAAUAGCAAGUGGCUAAAGGACUGACCAGUCCAUGCAUAUCCCCUGGUGAUAUCGUGACUGUCUAUAGGGAUACAGCUCAAGAAAUGGCGGUCCUUGGACGACUCCUCCCUGUGCUACUUUGGGCCAUAGUGUCUCAUGCAGCUUGCCCAGAUAAAGAACCUGGUCUGAAAAAUUGGUCCAACCCUACUACAUGGCCAAACGGGGUCCCAGGUGAAGGUGCCGACGUCAUCAUUGAUACCAAGAUAGCAUUAGAUUCAAGUCCCGGCGUCGACCUCAGCAGCGUCACCAUAGUAACCGGAGGUCAGCUGGUAUUCUUACCGAAUAGCGACUUGACACUUAGAACGAAAUACAUUGAUAUCAAAGGCGGAAGAAUGGACAUCGGGUCUGAAGAUUGUCUUUACGAAGGACAAGCAACGAUUCAACUAUUAGGGACCGCCCAAGACACUUACUCUGUACCCGGAUUUGGACGAAAGUUCAUCGGCGUUGAUGUUAAUGGGGCACUUGAGAUUCAUGGAGAAAGGAAACUUUCGUGGACUAAACUUUUAACUCCUGUCCAGAAAUUGACUGACGAUGCGUUCGCCUCUUAUGAUGCCGUACCGGAAAAAGCAGAUACAAGGGGAUUCAUAGUAAAUUCGUACAACCCUGUCACUGGAAUCAGGGACAGACCACGAGGUGAAUUUGGGAUUGGCAAGGCUCACCAGAAAGCAGUUGACAGAGAAAUAGAGAGCUUCAUCGACUAUAUUACUGGCAUACCUGAUGGAAACGUAGUAAUGCUGGCGGUCCGAAAAUUCAUCAUUGACAGAGAAAAUGCUUUUGAUAGAAGUCGUUUUUAUGAUGCUGUUGAAAUGUUAGGGUUUGGAAAGAUUACAAACAACAGUAAAAUCAGGGACUUGGUGUUUUACGACAGUUUUGCCAUGAUCGUUGUAAAAGGAGAUCCCACAAAGACUGUGGAGGGGUUCAACCCCUACAAAGCUGGGGGGUUACAUCAGACCUCCACAGCUACUUUGUUAUCUGAUGACAUGCGUCUGAAGUUCUACGUGGAGAGUUACACAAGAUCAGUUGGGUUUGGGCAGUCUACCGCGACAUUUGAGGUGACCGAUACUGACCGAUCCAUCCCUAUUCUCGAUGUCAGCGAUAACGUCACUUCCUGGCAUACAGGUGAUAAAGUAUUCAUCACGUCUACGGACUAUGACUGGGAGCAGGUCGAGGUGGGCACACUAUUUCCCUGUGACAGCUGUAACUACAAUCAGUUCAGAAUUGACUUAUCACCGCGAUUCAACCACUAUGCUGCUAUCACUAAGAACGUGGACAUGCGUGCUGAAGUAGGACUACUCAGUAGAAACGUCAUCAUUGAAGGGGACAUGACACUUGGUGACGAUCAGCUUGGCGGACACAUCAAGGUCUUGCAAGGAUUCAAAGACUUCCAUAUCGAAGGAGCGGAAAUACGCCGUAUGGGACAGUCCAUGCAACUUGGUAAUUAUCCCAUCCACUGGCACAUGUGUGAGGAUGUAGACGACAUGGAGAUAUAUCCAAAUCCGACGUACGCUCGCGAAAACUCCAUUCACGAUUCAUAUGCCAGAUGCAUAACAGUCCAUGCGACACAUGGGACAACGGUAGCAAAUAAUGUCUGCUUUAAGAGUAUUGGGCACGGCUAUUUUCUUGAAGAAGGCGGGGAAAAGAGGACAUUAUUCAACGGCAAUCUUGGUGUUGGACAGACAAGAGGCAAUCUGAUCCCGACUGACAUACGCCCGACAACAUUCUGGAUAACUAACCCUCUCACAACCAUGGAAAACAACGUUGCAGCUGGCGGAGAGGGUUUCGGAUUCUGGUAUAUCUUUCCUUAUGAACCUUUUGGAUCGUCCAAAGGAAAGGGCUACAUGGGGGUGGAAGAGGCGAGCCAUACUGCAAUCACCUGGUUCUACAAUAAUGUAGCACACUCCAACAAAUUAGUCGGUCUCAAGAUAGACGACACGAUGGACGAGAAUGGAACACGAGUAACAAACAGUAGGUACGAACCAUGGAACGACCCUCUCGACGAGUUUUCUGGCAGCAAGAAGGUCGAAAUCAUCAAACUUACAGCGUACAAGAACAGAUUUUUCAAUGCCCUGAUGAGAGGUUACAUAGAAGUUAUAGACUCAUCGAUUGCUGAUUCUGCGCAGGGGUUACAGAUGCUGAGAUGGAAAACCGGAGGGCAAAAGGUGACCAACACUGUCAUCAUCGGGGACUCGGAUAACUUGGGAGAACCCUCAAUAGGGGCGGACCGAUCUUUGCCAAUGGAAGACUCUAUGAUUGGGUCCGUUCCAAGAAAAGGUCUGAUCUUUGGAAUGGGGCCUAUGAUCGUGAAGAACGUGUGGUUCAAUGGAUUUGCCAACACAGCUGAUGCGGAGGCUGGGGCCAUUGGCUUUCAGCCAUUGAACGGCAUGUUAAGCUCUCCGAACAAUAUUCUAGAUGGAAUUGGAUUUGGCUUCGAUGACGGGUCCGAGGGAAACCGAGUUUACCAGGGUGAAAUUCCUGAGGAUUAUCGAGAUGGAAAUAAAGUGGAACGUUUGUUUGACGCUUCCGGUUCCGUUACGUCAGUUCCUGGCGCUAGCAUUGUUAGGGCUACCCCAUUUCAAAUGACACCUAACUGUGCGGAGAGAGCCAAUUGGAGAAUGGCUGUCUGCAAUGAAAACUUUGCACAGGCGAUUGUAAGAGUAGAAAGGGAAGACAGUGCGACCAUGAUGAGGACGGAUAACAUAGUAACAAACAAACACACGUCGGAUAAUCUAGGACAAGCUGUAUUCAAUUUAGUGACAAGCGGAGCAUAUGGUUAUCUUCUCAAAUACAACAAAAUAAUGCCAAAAGACGCUAUCGUAGUUCGUGCAACCAACAUGGCUGUUGGCGGGAGUUUCCUUCUUGGUGUGUGUGUACCUAAGGACCUGAUUUUCAAAGCUAUGGUAAGGAAACCUGCACCAGCAAGGAUGGCAGAGGUAACCAGUGUAGGCGACGUUGUUUCUGGUGACGGAUCCAAGUAUUUCUUUGAUCGAGAUGUCGGGGUUCUAUUUGCAAAAUAUACAUACGACGGUGGAAAUUCUCUCACGACAAUAAUGGCGUUUGUCAGACUGGAAACUUCACAUCGUAAAGAUGUUGACUGUGUACCCGCCUACACCGCUAAAUACGGAGCUACAAAUGAGGUUGUCGGUCAAAAUCCACUAAUUUUAUCGACGGAACUGCUCCAUACCUCACGAGAGCCCCCUCAGAACGCUGGAGCAGGAUCCACUCAUGGAUGAUGUGAAAGUGAUGCCAAUGAAGAAGAAAUCCAGUUUUCUAUUUGUUUUUAUACUAUUCAUAUACUUGUACGUAAUGUAUGCUGCAAUUAUAACACGUAUGAUUUCUAAAUAAAGAUCUAGCAGAUCAAUGA